AUGACGACUCAAUUAGACGAACAUUACAUUCGAACAAAUGUUGAAUGGACUCAUCUUCCAGUCGACGUUAAACAAAAGUUCGGUUGGAAUACAGAAAAAGAUUAUGAUAAAGCGAUAUUAACAUUUUCAAUAAAGCAUCAACUUCGUUAUAAAGGAAAUUUAGUUCGAAAAGUUCAUAAAGAUUCUAGAAAAUAUUAUGAUGAUCUUUUACGUUACAGUCGUGAACAUUUAAUGCUUUUUCCUUAUCAUUUAUCAGAAAUUUAUGUUAAAGGUUUACGUAUAACACCAUUUUCAUAUUAUAUAGAUAUGAUAAGUGAUUUAAUUCUGCAAGAAAAGUCUUAUGAUACAUUACCAAAUUUUACUGGUAAACAAAAUAAAAAAUCUUCAUUUUGUAUUUUUAUAAAAAAAGAAAUUUGUUUUUUCUUUCAAGCUGCUGAUUGUCUUCGUUUACUUGGUAUUGGUCGUAAUCAAUAUAUUGAAUUAAUAAAUCAAUCACGUACAAUAUUACAAACGGCAAGAAAAAAAAUGUUUCUUAGUUUAACAAAUUGGAAAACACCAGCUUCAAUUCGUCAUCUAUUACCAUUACAACCUGUUGAUUCCGUAUAUAUUCAACCAUGGUGGGUUAUUAAUUUAGGUUGUGUUACUGAUGAUGAUGUUAAACAAUGUACAAAUGAAGAAAAAUUAAUAAUUGAUUAUCUUAUUGAUGAAAAAUCUUCGAAAUUAGCCGGUGAACUUAAUUAUGAUGCAGUACAUGCACUUUAUCGUAAAGGUUUAAUUUAUUUGGAUGUACCUGUUCAAGAUAAUGAUUAUAUUCAAGUACCACCAUUAGGUUCAGGAUUUGUUAUGAAUCGCAUUGUUGGAGAUUAUUUUGAAGUAUUACUUUAUAAAUUAUUUGUUUCAACAGAUGAACAUACAAAUGUUGGAGAAUUGUCAAGAAUAUUAACAUUAGAUAUUGAUUUAGUUAAACAAACAAUGUCAAUGUUUUUAAGAUUAGGUUUUGCAAGAAAGAAAAGUUUAGAUAGUGAUCAUGGCGUUAUUCAUACGUCAUGGAAACAUUUUUCUGCAGGUGCUAAAUUGCAAUCACCACCACCACCAAAAGAAAUAGCAAUAACAUCACCAACAAUGGAUAAAAGUUUAUUAGAAUGGAAAACCGAUUUAGAAAUGGAUACAUCAUUUAGUGGAGAUGACAACAUAUCGACUAGCACAACAGAUGAACAAAAACCUUUGCUAUCUCCAACAAAUACUAAUUUACUUGAUAAUCCUUCAACAUCUAUUGUUAGUGGUACAUUAAAACAAAAACGUAUUGGUUUUUUAUUUGAUUCUUCAUUAACAGCAUUUUUAAUGAUGGGUAAUUUAUCACCAAAUUUAAAAACUCAUGCUGUAACAAUGUUUGAAGUCGGUAAAUUAGCUGAUGAAAUACUUGUUUCAUUUUUACAAGAAUUAGAAAAAAUUUCUCCAACAUCACAAUCAUCAAUAAAAUUUUCUGAUGACGAUAGUCAAAGUGAAGGUGAAGCUGAUCGUUAUUUUUUACAUGCACGUGUACUUUAUCAAACCAUAUCAUUUUUACGUUUAAAUAAUAAUUUAUUUGAUGAUGAUAUUGGUGGUCUUGGUAUUGAUUUAAUUCGUUAUGAAAGUUUAUCAAGUCUUGAUUCAAAUAUUCGUCAACGUUUAAUCGAACGUAACUAUCAUAUAUUAAUAUCGAUGGCACCUGUUAGUGCAGAAACAAUUUAUUCACCAUUUGAUUCAAUUGAUUAUUUAGGACCAUGUUUACAAGAAAUGAAUAGUGUAUGGAUGAAAUUAUUUAUUUAUAAUUUAACAAAAUCUGGGCCACCAUCAUUACUUUUACCAAAAGGUUAUCGUUUAAAUACAUUACCAAAUUGUUUAAAAAUUUUUGAUAAAUUUCUUGUUACAACAUGGAAUCACGAACCAACAUAUAUAUCAAGUGUUAAUAUUUUAUUAAGUAUUAAUGAAGCAUUACUUCAUUCAUCUGUACUUUUACAAGGUUUUUCAUAUGGUAAUAAUAAUUUUAAAGAUGAUAAUCAACAAAUUCGACAUAUACCAUUUCCAUUUGAAUCAACUGAAAAGCAUAAUGAAUUAGAACAAUUAGGUUCAGCUCUUGAUUUACACAGCACCUGUGGUUAUGUAUCAAUGUUAACACUAUCAUCAACGAAUGCUCAAGAAGUUUUAUUAGAUAUUAGAUUUGGUAUUCCUUUGUUCGAUGAAAAAAUAAGUGAGACAAUUCGUAAUGGUAUUGUUAAAAAUAAAUUAUGUACAAAGGAGAAUGCUGAACAACGAUUAAAAAGUAUUCGGGCUCUUUCAAUGAGUCUCAUAGCAUUUAUAGAACUUUUUCAGCAACCUGAUUCUUCACCGUGCAAUAUGCCAGUUCAUCAUUCCUCAAAUGGUAUCCGUUCCACUUGUUUACCAAAACAACCAAUUCUUUUCAAUGGUGAAACUCUUCAAACAAUUGUUUUAUGCCCCUAUGAUGAACAAAUUCUUCAACCAUUUGUUAGUAAUCAUAUUGUUGCUGAACAAAUCGAUUCAUUACUUGUUUGGUGUAAAUAUGCAUUUAUAAAACCUAAAAUAACUGAUAGUAAUUUUAAAAAUGAACGUGAUGAACAUGGUUGUCCUGUAAAAAUUCCAUUGAUAAAAAAAAAACAGCAUGAAGAUGAAUGUAUUUAUCGAUUUGUUUCUUGUCCAAAUGGUUGUCUUCUCAAUAAUCUUCGUCAAAAAGAUAUUUAUAAUCAUCUACAUAUAUGUUCAAAUCGACAAAUAUCUCAAUUAAAUUCAACAACAAAUAUAAAUAAUGAUCAAUUACAAAUACUUCAACAAGAAUUAUUAUUGAAAAUAACACAAAUUGAUAUUCUUGUAAAUACAUGUAAACAACUUACAAAUGCAGUUGCUACAAUACGAAAUGAAAUUGAUACGUUAAAAACUAAUCAAGAAGCUUUAUGUUCACGAAAUGAUUUCUUAUUAAGUGAACUAAUGAAAACUAAACAGACAUCACCUAUACCAACAACUAUAGAUGAACAAGAAUCCUUAAGAAAUCAUGAUAGUGAUGAUGAAAAUGAAUUAUCAACUGUUAUUUUACGCUGUAACGGAACGUUUACAGGACAUAGUGAUACGGUUUGGUGUUUAUAUGCAUUAGAUGACCUUCUUCUUAGUGGUUCUAGUGAUAAAACAGUUAAAGUUUGGAAUUUACGUGAAACUCCAUAUACAAACCUAGCAACAUUACAUGGUCAUGAAGAAGGUGUUUUAUCAUUAAAUAUUAAAGAACAAACAGUAUUUAGUGGUAGUGUUGAUAAAUCAAUAUUCGUAAAAAAAACAUAUUUCGGAUGUCUUAUAUCAUCUAGUCGAGUAUUUUUCUUUCAGGUUUGGAAUUUAAAUGAUUAUAAACGUACUACAUCAUUCGUUGCUCAUACGGAUCCUGUAUGUUCAUUAACACAAUAUGAUAAUCAUUUAUAUAGCUCUUCGAAUAAAUGUUUGAAAGUAUGGGAUAUACAAACAUUAGAAUUAAUAAAUGAAAUUCAAACUGAUAGUCGAAAUGGUUGGCUGAGAAUUUUAAUGCAAAAAGAUAAAUGUAUUUAUGCUGGAUGUCGACGUGUAAUUAAAGUAUUUGAUGCAAUGACACAUCAAAUAUCAUUUGAAUUUGAAUUACCAACAAAUGAUUCAAUCUAUAGUUUAGCUCAUUCAGAUGCAUUACUUUUUGCUGGUUCAUUAUCUGGUACUAUUUAUAUUUGGGAUAUUCGGGCUAAUCGUUGUUUAGAGACUACUUGUCAACAUGAAGCAACUGUUCAUGGCCUUUGCAUGCUUAGUGCUGAUAAUUUCAAUAAAUCGAAUUUAAUAAGUGCAUCAAGUGAUCAAACAAUUCGAGUAUGGUCGAUGGAUACAUUCGAUCAAGUACAAUAUGAUGAUCGACAUGAAGCUGAAGUAACAGCGUUACAUGCUAAUGCUCGGCAUAUUAUGUCAGGUGCUGCUGAUGCCAAAAUAAAAGUUUGGGAUUGUAUUUCAUCUUAUGAUCAUUUUGAAUAA